GUUUGUUAUCUAGUGGCAUAACUUCUGUCACCAAAGGGAUACAGCUGCGGAUACUCACUUCAAUAUAGCACAAUUUUCGUGACACUGUACAUCAAUAAUUAGUAUUUUUUCAUUACUGUGAGGGUAUGUUUAGGGCUCGGGCGGGCAAAUGCGUUAAUAAAAUACAAUUGUAUGGGUAUUUUAAUAAAUAAUAUGAAUAAUACUAAGUGUAAUUACUGCUUUUACAUAACUGUGAUGUUGGGAUCAGGGUUGGGUCGGGAAAGACGUUAAUAAAAUACAACCAACGGGUAAUUAAAUAAAUAAUAAAAAUAUUUCUGGUUAACUUCCGGCCGCAGUUGUAUCCCUUCUAGCAACAACCCGCCUCGGCCUGUACCAAUGCCCGGAUUCGCGGGGAUGAUGAGUGCAAUCGUGCGCGCGAAGUCGUGUCAAAACGAUUUUGACGCAACAAACAUAAUAUUUUACUUUACUAAAGAAAUAACUGAGGGUCAAAUUCACGUUUUCUGGUAGACACAAAUUGAUUAAACGACGUAUAUCGACCAGCCAGUGUGAGGAGUGAUUUGCCAAUAUGUGGAGGAAUGAAAAUCAGAAACCAAACACAGGCUGUCUCUCCGUGCCUCUGUUUAAUCAAAGGAAGAGAAGCAGGCUGCCUUUCACGUCUAAUCCCUCUGAGAUUUUUGGUCAGAGUAGUCAGUGGAACCAGCAAGCCAAUCUUUCCUCACAGCAAGCCGGUGGGAAAUAUGCUUCUUCACCUGGUAUGGCAGGAAGAGGAUAUACACCUUUACCCCAUCCCAGAAAACCAGCCUAUGCCUGGCCACAGAUAGGGCAACAAAGGCCUCCAGUAAGACAGGAUUCAAUGGCAAAUCAGAUUCAUGGUGCCUUUCCAAGCAGUAAUUCAGCCUCAUAUGGCCAGCCCAGUUGGUCCAGCGGCAUCCAGAAUCAACAGUCAUUUAACAGGCCGCCAAAUAGCUUCAGAAUGCCAUACCGUCCACAGCCGUGUUCAUCAGUAGCAGGAAAUUCCCAGGGCCCUCUGAAUCACAGCGGCACGUGGAACUUCAGACCUAUUGGACAAUCAACCAGUGGAAUGUGGCCAAAAGAAAAAAUGGACACUUCAGUUGUUCAAACCACUCCAAAACAGCAGAAGCCCAGUCGUGAGACUUCAAUGCGUGUUAUUACUGCUGUAAUUGAAGGCAUGAAGCACUGGAGCCAGUACAAGAAUCGGGUACCUAUGCUAUUCGAGAUCUUUGCCACUCUGGACUCUGCAGUUACAAUUGGAGAACACGGCGCAAAGAAAUUCCUCAUGAGGGACGAUAAACAUGUGGUCCAGUGUCUUUACUAUGAAAACGACCAGACACUGCCCAGACUGAUCAGAGGUCAGGUGCAUCGCUGCGUUGGAAACUAUGACAAGGAUAAAGACAUAAUGAAGUGUGUGUCUGUGCGAGCUGCGUCACUGUCAGAGCAAAAAAACGCCCAGGAGGCUGUGAGAGCGUCAGACGCAGAGUUGAGGAAUGUGCUGCUGACUCUCAGUGAAAUCUGACGUGCAUCCAGUAAGUAACAGUAGAAACAUGAAAUUAGCAGACUUUUAUGGAAGUAAGGCUUGGUUUUGUUUUAGUUGUGAAUUAGUUUAGAGAUGAACCAACAAUGACUGAAUGCCAGUUACAGUUUAGAUGCAUUCACAAUAUAUAGAUGCAAAUAAAAUGUCAUUUAGAUUCAUUAAAUAUAUUUUAGUCGGUGUGAAUAUGCAGAGGUUGCACUUGAGUUGUAUUGUGUUCUUAUAAUAUAUUGAUAUAUUUUAUAUUCAUAUAUAUGUAAAUUUUAUUUGUGUGCGCCGGGCAAAGAUUAAUUGCAAUUAAUAACAUCCAAAAUAAAAGUUUGUUUUGACAUAAUAUGUGUGUGUUAUAUAUAUUUAUUAUGUAUAUGACACACUUAGAAACAAAACUAUACAAACUAAUUUUGCUACAUAAUUCAUUUGUACGUAAAUUUUAAACUGAUAUAUAAUUUGUAAAACAAAUGUAUAGCUAAAUAUAAAUAAACAUUUUGCCAAAUGUAUGCAUGCAUGAGUGUAUUUAUACAUAAAUAUAAACAACAUAUACACACACACAUAUAUUAUGUCAAAACAAACUUUUAUUUUGGAUAUGAUGCCCAGCACUCAUUUUAUUUGAUAAAAAAAUGUCAUUUUUCAGUACUAAUUUAUAUGCAUGUAUAUCAUUAAUAAGUGCAUUAAAAUAAAUUUGUUCAAUUUCCAACUUGAAAAAAAAAACUUUAUUGGUUUCUCAAUUCAAAAGAUGUCAAUAUUUUUUAUGUUUAUGAAAUUAUUUAUUACAAAGAAGAAACACAUAACAGCAAUUCAUUAAGGAUUUCAAAGGUUAAACAAACACAAUGAUGAGGUAACAUCUCAAAAUAUAUCUUUCAAAACCGUCAGGAUGCCAUGUUACAGUAUUAUUUACAACCAAAACAUCACAGUGGGAAACCCACGGCACUAAUCUACAAGAUCUAAGAUCUACCAGUGGUCAGACUUCACAAACAUGAUCAUAAACUCAACUCAAGAAUGUAAGUUGCCUUCGCAUCAAGGCAAUCAGAGAACGUCAUUUAAAGGGCCUGCCAUGAUUGACAUCUGAUGCCAGUUUCUAAGUUGUGCUCUGUCCUUUGAGCCACAGCUUACCCCGAACAAUUAAAUGUACACACAUCAUAGGGUUUUGUGUUUUCUUUUCUUCAUUUUUUUGCUGUAUGCUCAUCGAUAUGAUUAUAGAAGUUGAAGGUAAAUAUACUGAGGGCAGUUCAGUGCCAAUAUUUUUAGCAGGUCUGAAUACAUAACACACAAAUGAAUCAACACAACAGCAAAAGUGAGCCAAGUGCAAUAUGGAAUGAUCCAAGUAGAAGCUUUAGCUUCACCGUAUUGCAGUGCCAAGAUUAAAUGCAUUAGCACAUUAGCUUGAUUUGAUCGUUACAGCGAAAUCUCCCGAAGUAAUUUAUAAAUCUGUCAUCACAAAUCAGAAAUAAAUUAGUUGUUCACUGACUUACUAAUUUAGUUUUUAUUGUUUCGUUCAUUUUUGCUACCCCUUCAAAAACUAAAACUCCAUUUUUAAGACUUCCUGCGAAAAGGAAUCACCAUGAAAGAUGAAGACAUACUGAAAUUAUAGCACAACAAGAAAGCAUUUACAAAAUAUUUCACAAGUAGAUUACCUGAUGAAAGGUACUUAAGUCUUAGCAAUGGUCAGAAGGCACAAGUCGGUUAGAAGUUGUUAUUUUCCAAAUCAUCCCAGCAGUGACAACGCUAACAUGACGUCAGAUUGAUGUUGUCCUCCAACGUCAUGGGAUGUUGCAUUUUGUUUGGACAUGAAAAUUAAGUUGACGUCAGAACCUAAUGUCAGGUUGACAUCAAUGUUCAACCUAAAA